AUGUCGUCGCUCCAGAGGUGCCUGCCGUGGCUGAUCCUCCUCCUGGUGCUCCGCGGCGGCGGCGGGGGGACGGCGGUGGCGGUGGCGGCGGCCAGGAAGGUGCCGGCGAUCAUCGUGUUCGGCGACUCCUCGGUGGACACGGGCAACAACAACUUCAUCCCGACCAUCGCGCGGAGCAACUUCUGGCCCUACGGGCUCGACUUCGCGGACGGCCACCCCACGGGCCGCUUCUCCAACGGCCGCCUCGCCACCGACUUCAUCUCCGAGGCCUUCGGCCUGCCCGCCUCCAUCCCGGCCUACCUCGACACCACCCUCACCAUCGACGACCUCGCCGCGGGCGUCUCCUUCGCGUCCGCCUCCACCGGCCUCGACAACGCCACCGCCGGCAUCCUGUCCGUGAUCACCAUGGCGGAGCAGCUGGACUACUUCAGGGAGUACAAGCUGCGGCUGAAGCUGGCCAAGGGCGACGCGCGCGGCGAGGAGAUCAUCCGCGAGGCGCUAUACAUCUGGAGCAUCGGCACCAACGACUUCAUCGAGAACUACUACAACCUGCCGGAGCGCCGGAUGCAGUACACGGCGGCGGAGUACGAGGCGUACCUGCUGGGGCUCGCCGAGUCGUCCAUCCGCGCCGUGCACGCGCUCGGCGGCAGGAAGAUGGACUUCACGGGGCUCACGCCCAUGGGCUGCCUCCCCGCCGAGCGCAUGGGCAACCGCGGCGACCCCGGGCAGUGCAACGAGGAGUACAACGCCGUCGCGCGGAGCUUCAACGCCAAGCUGCAGCAGGCCGUCGUCCCCAAGCUCAACAAGGAGCUCCCCGGCCUGCACCUCGUCUACGCCGACACCUACGACGUCCUCGACGCCGUCGUCAGGAAGCCCUCCGACUACGGUUUUGAGAACGCAGAGCGAGGGUGCUGCGGGACGGGGAUGUUCGAGGCCGGCUACUUCUGCAGCCUGAGCACCUCGCUGCUAUGUACGAACCCCGACAAAGGGAGUAUAUAUUACAGCAUGACAGAAGAACUCCUUCAAGAAUGCAGCAGUGCCGCAUCUAGGUUUACAAACAAAAUGUCAAACUCAAGAUGA